AUGUAAUGUUUGUAUAUUAAAUUUUAUAAAAUUUUAAAAAAUUUAUAAAGUUAAAAAGAGUUGUGCUAUUUAAAAUGUGUAAUAUCUUUAACAUAUAUAAAAAAAUAGAGAAAUUCACAGUCUGGUAGGGUAUUCAUACAUGAAAUAAGUGCAGUUGCGUCAUGACAGUCAUAAGACAUAGAACGGUGAGGAAAUUUACAUAUGUUAUAAAUUAUUUGUGAAUGUAUUUUUAAAUAAUAAAGGUGAACAAUGGAUGAAAAUAUUUGGAAACAAACAAAAUUAAUGGAAAUUCCAGAAGAAGCUCUUAGACAAACAUUAGAAAAUGAAAAGUCCAUGACAGAAAAAUUAUAUGCACUAGUAAAACGAUCUCCAUUUGCUGUAGCUGGUUUAACAGGUUUAUCUAUUAUAUGUGGAAUAGGUGUAUAUAAAUGGAAAACAAAAACAGUAAAUCCUUCUAUAUAUUUAACACAGCUAAGAGUUGCAGCUCAAGCUACAGCUCUUAGUAUUAUUGGUUUAGGAAUGAUAUAUAGUAUGUAUAAUGAUUUUAUACUGAAGAAAAAAAAGGAAUGAUAUUCAUUAUGUGACAUUAAAAACAAAUAGAUAUUUAAUAUUAGAAAUUUAAUUAUUUUUAAAGAACAAAUUGCAAUAUUUAUUAUUU